UGAGGAAGACAAACACAGAGGAGAUGAAUAACUUUACAUUGACCUUCACCACAACUGAAACAUCAAACUCCACAACUCAGUCUUUUGAGUUAAUAGACAGUCUGGAAAUCUGUGGAAACAUCAUUGGUUUGUUGUUUGGUCUUCCAAUAAACUCCUAUAUUAUAUGGCUCAUCAUCACAGGAACAGGAAGUGGAGUCUCAUCAGAGUUCUUCAACCUCAAUCUCUCUGUUUGUGAGCUUGGUGUAUGUCUGACUGGUUUGAUCAAUAUCCUGUCAUUUAGUUUUGUUAGUCUCUCAACAUUUAAAUACUUUUUUCUAGGAUUUGUCAUCACUGGCCGUCCUUUGUUUCAGUGUCUGAUGUGUGUUGAGCGUUACCUGGCAGUGGUUCAUCCUGUAAACUUUCUGAAGUGCAAACCUCUCAGAUAUAGAGUAAUCUGCUGCGCUGCAGCCUGGAUAACUAUUCUUGGCUCCUGUUUUCUGUGCCUGUUAUUUUCUGACGACUUCGAACUGACAUUGUUUUUGUCUGUGCAGUUCCUCAUCUUCCUCUCUAUCCAGUUGUUUUGUCUUGUGGCUGUUCUUAGAGCUCUGAAGCAGUCAGGCCCAGGGGAGAGAGGGAGAGAGAAGGAAAACUGCAUGAAGAGAAGAGCAUUUUGUCUCAUUCUAAUAACUACUGUGAGCAUGGCUAUUAUGGAUGUCCCAUAUAUAGUCAUCGGAUUUGUUACAGUUCUGAAAAAACUGAUUAUUAGGGCACUUUGGUCCAUUGCUUUGAUUUGUUAUGUGCUGGCUGGUUUUGUUCAGCCUGUUCUUUAUCUGCACCGGACUGUAAAACUCCCACUUUCUUCAAAAUGA